UUUGUGCUAGAGAAUUUAUUCAAAGUUAUGAUUUAAAGAUACAUAGUUGUACAAGAACUCACAGGUGAUAAACCUUAUUAAUAGGAUGUAUGAGGUAGAGGAUUUAGUUACGACCAAUGGUACUCAACAGAGACACAUAAGAACAGAGGCUGGUAAUAAACUUCUUAAAUGUGAUGUUUGUCCUAGAGAACUUAGUCAAAGCAGUGACUUAAAGAGACAUGUGAGAACACAUACUGGUGAAAAACCUCAUAAAUGUGAUGUUUGUGCUAGUGAAUUUUAUUGCAGUAGUAACCUUAAGGUACACAUGAGAACACAUACUGGAGAUAAACCUCAUGCCUGUGAUUUAUGUGGUAAACGGUUUAGUCAGCAUAGUAAUUUAAAGAGACACAUGAUAAUACAUACAGGUGAUAAACCUCAUGAGUGUGGUUUAUGUAAUAAACGGUUUAAUCAGUAUAGUACUUUACAGAGUCACAUGAGAACACAUACAGACAAAAAACCUCAUGACUGUGAUCUAUGUGGUGAACAGUUCAAUCGUCAUGGUUAUUUUCAAAGUCACAUGAGAAAACAUACCAGUGACAAACCUCACAACUGUGAUGUAUGUGGUAAAGGGUUUAGUCUACAUGCUACUUUACAGAGACAUAUGACUAUACAUACAGGUGAUAAACUUCAUAAGUGUGAUUUAUGUGAUCAACUGUUUAAUCAGCAUAGUAGUUUACAGAGUCACAUGAGAACACAUACAGGCGAUAAACCUCAUGAAUGUCAUGUAUGUGGUAAACGGUUCAGUCAGUCUCGUUAUUUACAAAGUCACAUGAGAAUACAUACCGGUGAUAAACCUCAUGCCUGUGAUUUAUGUGGUAAACGGUUUAGACAGCAUAGUAAUUUAAAGAGACACAUGAUGAUACAUACAGGUGAUAAACCUCAUGAGUGUGAUUUAUGUGAUCAACGGUUUAAUCAGUAUAGUAGUUUACAGAGACACAUGAAUUCACAUACAGACAAAAAACCUCAUGACUGUGAUGUUUGUGGUGAACGGUUCAGUCGUCCUCGGUAUUUACAAAGUCACAUGAGAAAACAUACCGGUGACAAACCUCACGACUGUGAUGUAUGUGGUAAAGGGUUUAGUCUACAUGCUACUUUACAGAGACAUAUGACUAUACAUACAGGUGAUAAACUUCAUAAGUGUGAUUUAUGUGAUCAACUGUUUAAUCAGCAUAGCAGUUUACAGAGGCACAUGAGAACACAUACAGGCAAUAAACCUCAUGACUGUCAUGUAUGUGGUGAACUGUUCAGUCAGACUCGUUAUUUACAAAGUCACAUGAGAAAACAUACCAGUGACAAACUUCACAACUGUGAUGUAUGUGGUAAAGGGUUUAGUCUGCAAGCUACUUUACAGAGACACACGACAAUACAUACAGGUGAUAAACCUCAUGAGUGUGAUUUAUGUGAUAAACGGUUUAAUCAGCAUAGUAGUUUAAAGAGACACAUGAGAACACAUAUUUGUGAAAUACCUUAUAAAUGUGAUGUUUGUGGUAGAAAAUUUUCCCAAGGUAGUAUCCUAAUUAAACACAUGAAAAUACAUACUGGAGAUAAAACUCAUGUCUGUGAUGAAUGUGGUAAACGGUUUAGUCAGCAUGCUAAUUUAAAGAGACACAUGAUAAUACAUACAGGUGAUAAACCUCACGAGUGCGAUUUAUGUCAUCAACGGUUUAAUCAGUAUAGUAGUUUACAGAGGCACAUGAGAACACAUACAGGCGAUAAAUCUCAUGACUGUGAUGUAUGUGGUGAACGGUUCAGUCUUCUUCGUUAUUUACAAAGGCACAUGAGAAUACAUACUGGUGACUAACCUCAUGACUGUGAUGUAUAAAAGGUUUAGUCUGCAUGCUACUUUACAGAGACAUAUGACUAUACAUACAGGUGAUAUACCUCAUUAGUGUUAUUUAUGUGAUUAACUGUUUAAUCAGCAUACUAGUAGUAGUUUACAGAGAUGCAUAAGAACACAUACAGGUGAUAAGCCGCAUGAAUGUUAUGUACGUGGUAAAGAGUAAACACGGUAAAGUGUUCAAGCCAAGCUGGUAAUUUAUAUAGACAUAUGCUUGACAAUUCGUAUUAUAUAUUUAUCCCCGGCUUAGUAUAUUUCUAGGAUUUUGAUUGGUUAAAGCAGGUCGUUACAAAACCCAUUGCCCCUGGUUGUUGCUAACCCACAUACCCGGGCGUUGCUACCUAUUACACCGAGGAACGUCACGCGCGUUUUCUUAGUUCCAUGGUUGUUCCUUGUAAAAUAUCGAAUUCUGUAGAUUAUUUAUGAUGUCUGUAAUUAAAUAUUUAAUCAACUAACCGGAUUUUAUCUUAUUAUGUCGAUCAUUUGCAUUCAUUUUAGUAAAUGCAUCACUUGGCUGAUUGCCAAUGAAUGGGACUACUGACCAAGCUAUGCAAAUGACCCACGUUGACGGCACAACGUCUAUGAUGUUACUCCCACAACACUGAGCGCCAAAUUCGGCCCAUUUCCGUUUCUCUAAUCUACCAAAGAUAGUAUAUCCUACACCCGUUAAAAAUAUAUCAAAUUCCCAAAUUUCUAUAAAAGAUUUUUACAAAAUGAAAAAAAAAAAAACGUUGCUUUCACGUUACACUUUGUGGUCGAAUUUCUCUAAAAAUCGCCGAAUCUGGACUAAGACCGGGUAUAAAUUCGUUAUCUACGUUCAUAUCCGUAGAUAUGGAUAUUUUAACACCCUUCAGUACCCUGUACACCAUUCGGCUUCGCCUCUGGAUGUACUUGGAUACUUAAUGGUGUUAAAAUGUCCAUAUCUACGGAUAUGAACAUAAAUAACUUAUAAUAUAUUUAUUAAUUACCUAACAAAUGUUAUUUCUUCGAAUAAGGAUCAUAUCCAGGCCAAGAUCACUGGUGUUAAACUGAUAAUCGUAACUGGAAUUACGACGAUCCCAAUAUGGCGACGGCAGAAAUAGGUAAAAUCUUUUCAGUCAUUUUUAUACGCCCGUGUACGGGACGUAUUAUGGUAUACCGUUGACCGUCUGUCAGUCCGUCUGUCCGUCCGUCCGUCGUCAACAUGUCGGACAUUAACUCAAAAACGCUUUAACCAAUAUGCAUGAAACUUUAUUGAAUUGUUUAUAUCUAUUGACGUGAGCUCCCUUUCGUUUUUUAUAAAUUUCAGAUGUACCGUUUCCGAGUUUUGGGUUUUAUUCAUUAAAAAAGGGGGGAUUUUCCAGUUUUCCGACAAUAACUCAAGAACGCUUUCACCAACUUGCAAGAAAUUUUGGUUAAUUGUUUAUAUCUAUUGACAUGAGCUCCCUUUCAAUUUUUAUGAAUUUUAGAUUUUACGUUUUCGAGUUCCAGGGUUUUAUUCAUAAAAAAGGGGGAUUUUCCAGUUUUCUGACAAUAACUAAAAAAUGCUUUCAGCAGUUCUCAUGAAACUUUGGUGAAUUGUUUAUAUCUGUUGAUGUAAGCUCCCUUUAGAAUUUUAUAAAUUUUAGAUUUUACAUUUCUGAGUUAUAGGGUUUUAUUCAUUAAAAAAGGGGGGAUUUUCCAGUUUUUCGACAAUAACUCAAAAAUGCUUUCAUCAGUUCUCAUGAAACUUUGGUGAAUUAUUUAUAGCUAUUGAUGUAAUCUCCCUAUUGAUUUUCAUAAAUUUCAAAUAUAACAUUGAGAAGAAAUUGAACUUUAUUUGUUUAUUGUCUGACAACAGAUUUACUUACUAUUGCGCAACAGCACAGUGUAUUGCACAACAGCAAGAAAUCUUUAAUUGAAUAUAAAUUCAAUUCAUAUAACCAAUUUCAAGUUCUUUGACUACAUUUAUUCAGAAACCUUUAAUAUGUCAAAUAUUUAAUUACAAUCCAAAUUCAGACCUAUAUCAAGCUUGAAUAUUGUGUCCAUUUUUGCCCCAACUGUUCAGGGUUGGACCUCUGCGGGCGUAUCCAGCUGCGCUUAGCGAAGCAGUUUAUUCUCAAAUGUAGCCCGUUGUUGUCAAGAGUUACUCAGCUGCAAGGUUUUUGUAUACCAUUACAUCUUAUUUGAAUCGUAACGGUGCACUAUAACUGUCUAAGCGCUUAGAAAAUUGCCGUCGAAAAAUUCGGGAUGAUAAUCGUAAUUCGAUGGCAUUUUUCUUGUUUGAUAAUCGUAAAUUUUCUUUAUGGGAUAAUAGUAACUGAAAAAUAAUAAAUGUGUCUUCCAGUUUGUCAAUGGUAUUUUGUGUGUAAAAACUGCAAUGUCCAGUUAAACGAUGAAAAUUAACGCGCAAAAAUAAAAAAUAAUGAAGCAACUUACAGGUUAAUAUUUAGGACAAAUUUACUUAUAUGUAUAUAUAUCUCGAUUUAUAACUGACAACAAUAUGCAUAACAUUUUAAUAUAUACAUGUACCUGUUAAAGAUAUGGAAAAUGAAGCAGCUGUCGAGUCAGUUAUUGUGGUAAAUAGAUAAUUUAAAUUCUUUCAAAGUUUCAAUGUUGUUUUCCCGUUUAGGGUUGUUUUUUGGAAGUGGGGAAAUUUAAGUG